AUGACAUGCACAGAAGGCACCGACGGUGGUGAGAAUGCCUCUCCCCUUCCAUUUUCGGAUUCAGAGACCCAGAACACAACCCAGCAAUGGAGCAGUGACCAGGAAAAGAGUGAUGGCGGAGAUGUCGAGAUGGCCUGUCUGGCCGUAUUGAACAAUUAUACUCCCAAAACGCGCUUUCCUGAAGAGUUCUACUUGCGCGGGAAUUCAGCUGUCAUAGGUGAGACUGUGCUAUCUACCGAUACAGAAGAUUGGGCAGACCAUUUUGAAGAUUCUGGAUGUGAUGUUUCAAGUAACUGUAUUGCUGAUCCUCUAGAGAACUUGCCUACGUCUGCCCCAACUGAAUGUGGUAGCAACAGUUCUAUAUCUAUUGUCUUAUCAAGCGUGCAUCCAAUAUCGACUCCUUGCCAUGCCUUUAAGACAGAUUAUUUGGUUGCUCACAUGCAGUUCCUACAACGUAUCCUUGAACUAAAAAAACUGACAGAAUCUGGAGGCCUGAGGACAGCUUUGAAAAAACUUGGAAUUGAUUGCUCCAAAGUGUCAGAUUCUCUCUCUCAAUUAGUUGAUGGCUUGGUUACUUCAUAUAGCCUUCCUGAACUCCCUUUUCCAAUUUUUCUGAAGCAGACAGUUUUUGUCAUCACCAAGUUAUUAAGUGAUGCUGACUUAUCUGGUCAGAUUGCAGGAAAGUGUUUCAGAAAGCUGGACGAAUCUAUAAAAAGACUUGUUGCAAUUGUUUUGAACAACAGUCAUCAUAACCGAUUUCAGGUACAAGACUUCAUAUCCCAUGUCCUUGUGUUGGUGGGUAAAUGUAGCACAUUAAGGAACCCCACAGUAUCUUUGAUUUUCAGAGAAGUCAGUCGAUUUGCACAUGAGUUGCAGCACACCAAUGAGGCACGGUUUCAGGUCAUUCCCACAAAAAAAGAGGGAUUAAAAACAGUCCUGUGCAGCCAAGAAGUGGAUGCUGGUUUUUGUGCUUUCAUAAAUGACAAAAUUGAGGAUGACACUUAA